GCCAUUUUUCAACUGUGUCAGGCCGAGGCUUGGAAGGCGCAGCUGAGAGAGAGAGAGGGAGCGGCAGUGUGUGGGGACGUAACGUGCGGGGUGUGUGGUGUGUAAAGAACUUUGGUCGUGUAAACUGACAAAGGGAAAGCGGAGGCACCGGAGGGAGAGACUGCAUGGGUACAGCUAUGAGACAGCUCUGUGCAGGGUAAUGUUUCAGGCCAGACAUGCCUUACGUGGAUCGUCAGAAUCGCAAUUGUGGCUUCCUGGACAUCGAGGAGCAUGAGAACAGUGGGAAAUUUCUCCGGCGCUACUUCAUCCUCGACACGAGCCAGGACAGCCUCCUCUGGUACAUGGACAAUCCCCAGAACCUUCCAGCAGGUUCCCCUUGUGUUGGCUGCCUCAAGCUGACAUACAUAUCAAAGGUCAGCGACGCAACCAAGCUCCGUCCAAAAGCUGAAUUCUGCUUCGUGGUGAAUGCCGGAAUGAGAAAGUACUUCCUCCAGGCCAAUGAUCAACAAGACUUGGUAGAAUGGAUCAAUGUGCUGAAUAAAGCAACCAAAAUAACAGUACCAAAAUCUUACGACUCACCAGGCCUCGCCGACAGUCUGAACAACCAGACAGAUGGGGGGACGAAAAAGCAGAUCUCUUACCGCACUGAUAUUGUUGGUGGUGUGCCAAUUAUUACCCCAACACAGCAAGAACUCAGUGAAUGUGCCAACACAGGGGAUCGAGGAAAUCUGAAGCGCACUCAGAGCCAGCUGCCCUGCUCACCAUCCCGCCACUCGGAGAACAGUGUGAUUAAAGCUGGCUACUGUGUGAAGCAAGGGGCUGUGAUGAAGAACUGGAAACGAAGAUAUUUUGUUCUUGACGAGAACACAAUAGGAUAUUUUAAAUCCGAAAUGGAGAGAGAUCCUCUCCGCCUGAUUCAGCUCAGAGAAGUGCAGAAGGUUCAGGAGUGCAAACAGAGUGACAACAUGCUGAGAGACAACCUGUUUGAAAUUGUAACCACUUCCAGAACAUUCUUUGUACAGGCUGACAGCCCGGAUGAAAUGCACAGCUGGAUUCGAGCCAUUUCUGGUGCUAUAGUGGCACAGCGUGGGCCUGCUAGAUCUGCAGCCUCUAUCCGACAGGUCAGACGCCUUUCGAAUCCCUGUAUUCCAAGGAGGCCCCAAAUUCCGAACAUGGCGCACCCUCUCGUUCCUUCAUUCUCCCUCACUCAGCCGCCAGAGCUCAGCUCUCUGACCCCGGAAUGCCUAUCCGCGAGAGGGAAGAACCUAACUCUGUUAGUAAAGCCCAGCCAGGAUACAGCAAGGUCCAGACUCUCCCUGCAGGAAACCAGCCUGGCAAAAUGACUCCUGCCUCUGUCACCAUGUAUGGCAGCCGUCGGGAACCUGUGCUUUUGGAUUUAGACGAUGCCAGCCUGCCAGUCACUGAUGUGUGAUCAUCAUCUGCCACAUCUUUGUAUGCCGUUUGGGGAAGGGGGUGGUGGGGUACAUUUUGGGGCAAUUUCACCUUGAGGUCAUAACUGUUAAAGCAGCACCCAUUCCCUUGAGCUGCCAUGCUCCUCAGUGAAGGGGAAACCUGCUAAAUGCUAUAGAGAUGGCAUUGUGCGACUGGAAGAAAAUAUUCCCAAGAAUUAUUUUUUUGUAGUCAAAGCAGAAAAAUGUUGGAACAGUCUGUUCCCCCCUCCCCAGUAUGGAACGGUGACUGGGGUCAUUAGAUUGAUAGGAUCAUGUCCGUAGUGGCAUGGAGUGCCUUGUUGCUCUUAUAGAGGUUUCGUUACAAAGCUGUGGUUGAAUUAUUCUUGCCACUCUCACUGCAGCUCUACAGAUCUGUGGGGGAGCCACAGGUUGCUGGUAUUUUAAAUGCUUUUAAUGUUUAUUUUGUUAUUUUGCUUAUUCAGUAUUUUUCAUAUCCAGUGUGACACAGUGCUGCUGAAAGCAAUAAUCAGGGUCCCCGAGGUAAAGCGCAUAAACUCUGGGGGUCUCCCCAAUCCGAGACCCUUGUAUGUAUUUUGCACAUCUCUUCCACGUGCCACAGAUCUGAAAGCCACAAUGUUAUUAGCACUUGUCCAAGUUGGCCUUUCAGUCUUUUGUUUCUUUUUGACGUUCUAUUUGUCAGAGGUACUGCUGAGAGUAUUAGAAACCCUCUGGCUGUGCCCAGCCUGUAGUUUGGCGUUUUAUAGAUGAGCCCGGGGGAGGGAUUCGCCCUGCCUCCCGCGCCAUCUUUGCCUCUGAGUCUCAAGUGCCUGCGUUGGUCGUGCUGUAAGACUGUCACUUGUACUGCUGAUUCUAACAAAUCUGCUGUAAUUCUGUGCUUCCCCUUUAUAACCCUUCUUGGAAAGAAAACCCAAAGUGUGUGUGUUUUUUUUAAUGAUUUUAUUUUAUAUGUUUUUGUGGGUGUUGGGGAUACUUUCUAAUUUAUAAAGUUUUCUUCCUAAAUAAUGUGGGUGAAAAUGCCCAUUUAAAAUAUCUUUACCACUGGAAAUAAACCUGUCUUUUUUCAGUAAA